AGUUCGGGAAGUGUUCUCCAGACAUUACAGAUUGUGGACGUUACAAGUCUCUAGUACAGAACAGUGACGGUUAGCGAGAAGUAACAAGUUCAGAGACUCAGCCUGAGCGCACUGCCAGUGAAGAUGUGGUUCCUGAUUAUAUCCUGUGUGUGCCUCUUCCCUUUGGAAGCAGCACCGAUCACCAGGCGGACAACAGUACCGACAACCGUGAUCACGACCACAGUUACCUGGACAUUGAGAACAACCAUACCGACCACAGAACCCUGGACAUUGAGAACAACCAUACCGACCACAGAACCCUGGACAUUGAGAACUACCAUACCGACCACAGAACCUAAACCGACAAUACCAACCACUGCAUUUACAACAAUGCGGACUACGGUACCUGGAGCAACAACCCAGUUUACUACAAUUAAAACAACAAAAAUACCGACAACUGUACGGCCUGCAUCGGAAACAACAAUCAAACAAACAGCUGUACCACCUGGAGCAUCCACUGCUUCUGAAACAUCAGGUACACCGACCAAUGCACCUGAUACAAGGACAGUGGACCUUCAUGAUAAAACCACAAAAGGGAAAACGUCUGAGAGGACACAUUCAAUCACUUUGCCGCCGGCUUCUUCACCAAAAGGAAACGAAGGAUGCCUAGAUGACCUGUAUCGCUGCAAAGGAGGAGGGAAGUGUAUCGACUACAAACAGGUUUGCGACGGUACUCCGGACUGCCCCGGGGAAGACGAUGAAAACAUAUUCUGUAAAGACACUAGUAUUCCUGUAGUCCCCAUCGUUGCUGGUGUGGCAUCUGUUGUGGCCCUCUGUGUCAUUGUUGCAGGAACAGUGUUCUUCGUCAAAAAACGUAAAACUAAAAGAUCACAGGCCACAAGACAGGCGGUGAACGUGGAUAGGGUAAGGAGGAAAGAUGACCCUCCUGCCAACCCCCCUGCCAACCCGCGAGACUCCCACAUCUACGCUGCAAUAAAUCCUCAAGACAUGGACAACAACCUCACGGUCAUCUCCGAGACGCCAGACAGAUCAAACCCCCGACCUGACAGACGUCAAAACAACACCAGGAACAUCCUCCAGGCCCCCAGAGACUCUAACUACGCAACUCCGGAAGACGUGGGAGGUACCGUCUACGAAAACAUACCCAACGAGUCGCCGUACCAAGCUCUGAAUCCUGACACCAUGGAAAACGCGGCUGCAACGUACACAAGUCGGUCGGAGUUAGCAAAUAAGAAGUAA